ACAUAGCUUCUGCGAUAUUCAAAACUACCUCGGAAUCGGUAGCCUUGCUUUGGGAUUUAUUGUUGGGCGAAUAAAAUAGAACCUGUGAACCGGAUUGAGCGCGCCUUUCCCAUGAUGCAACGAGGGACGGAGCCACAAUAUGGCGGACACUCUUGAAAGCGAAUUAGUUCAAUCAGCAGAGCAGCAGGCUGAGCUGCUCCUCACCCUGAAGAAUGGCGGCUUCUCCUCAUCCUCAUCAUCAUCCUCAUCCUCAGCGUUCUCACAGCCACAAGAGCCACAGCAGGAUUUCUCCCCACUGUCUGCUCUUGGCCUACACAGAGUUGGGGAGGACCGCCCGUCCCCUACCAAGGAGCCCAGCAUCCAGCUCAACCGUCGUGGCAUGCCGGCUCGAAUGAGGAAGAAAAACCGUCUGUACUUUGAUGAUGACUUGGUCAGUUCUCCCACUCAAGUCAAAUCUCCAAAAAAGGCUGCCAGAGGCACUCCCAAGAAGCAAGCGAAUCCACAGCCCCUACCUGUCGCUCCUGUCAAACUGAGUGAUGGUCCUGGAGGGCUGCAGUACACUUCUGCUUUGUCAGCGGAGCCACAAACCAUUACCACACCCGACAAAAAGGUGGCCCAGCAGAAUGGUGUCAGACUCAGGAACUUCCUCAAGCUUCCACAAGCUCACAAAUGGGUCUACUUUGAGUGGUUCUACUCAAAUAUUGACAAGCCUUUGUUUGGGGGAGAGAAUGACUUCCAGGUGGUGCUGAAGGAGGCCUUCCCAGACCUCCGUUCUCGUCGCCUCACCCGGCGGCAGUGGGGGAUGAUCCGUCGCAUGAUGGGCAAGCCCCGCCGCUGCUCACAGGCGUUCUUCCAGGAGGAGUGUCAGUCACUGGAUAAGAAGCGGCAUGUGCUGAGACUGUUGCAGCAGCGAAAGAUCACAGACGUCAGCUCCCUAAAAGAGCUCCCACUACCUGACCAGAUCCCCAUGCAGCUGGUCAUUGGCACUAAGGUCACAGCCCGGAUAAGAAAGCCAGAGAAUGGGCUGUACACAGGUGUGAUUGAUGCUGUUGACACCUCAGACAACACCUACAGGAUCACCUUUGACCGCCACGGGAUUGGCACGCACUCCAUCCCGGACUACGAGGUCUUGUCAAGUGAGGUAGCAGAGAUAAUGCCUUUGUCAAGCUUCUCUCAGAAGUUCCGUCCACGCCCACAACUGGGCUUGGUCACUCCCCCCAGGCCACUCCUGCCCAAGCUGGAGCCAGGCAGUGUUGGUGCCGACAGCCCAGCACUCUCACUUACCAACGACCCCAUCCUGGCCCAGUCACCACUCAAGUCAUCCAAAAUAUCCAUGGAUGACACCCUCGGGGGCUUCCCUGUCAAGUGUCUCGUACAGAUUGUUCAGCUCUCAAAAAUCCUCCGUGCUAAGAGAGAGAAAAUUGGCACGUUGCGAGACAUGAAUAGCCAAGCUGAGAAACAGAGGAGCUACGGACAAGAGUUGAAUGUUGAGUUCCAGAGGAAGUACGCUGCUUUAGUCUUGGAGUUGGAAAAAUUGAACAGGGACCUGAAUCAGCAUCUACUAGCAGUGCAACAGUUCUGCCAGGAGAUUGCUCCCGAGCAGUCUGGGCCGACCCUGCUGCCUUGCCAGAUAAAGGAGCGGUGCUACGAGGAGGCGGCGACCAUCGUGGAUGUCACCAACAAUUCCACCGGGUCGCCACAGGUGUCCAGUCCUGCCAUCAUUAACCUCAUCACCAAACUCACCUCUUUGAUGCUGCAGGUGAAGAAUUUAGCCGAGACGGAAGUGAGUGCCUUCGAAUUAACUUCCAUUCAGGAGACGCUGAAUGAGAUUCGCAGUUCACUGGACGAGUCAAACCGUGCCGCCUUCCAGAACAACAUUGAGGUACACCUGACACACAUCAUGUCGGCUGUCUCACAGAUGGGCACGUUGCAGGCCUUCAACAGUCACAAUGGAACACAGGUCUAACCAGUAGACAAUUGGGUUGGGUGAAGGAUGGUUGGGCUUUCAGUCCCUUUCAGUUGUGCUUUAAUUUCAUAUUGGGUAUUAUUUGUCACUGAAAGAGUUGUAAUUUAAAUUGUAUUAUUUAUCUACAUUUAAGCAUAUUUUUCUUCAUGGAUAAAUUAAAUGAAAUUAACUUCAAAGUUACUUCUUUCUUCUUUGUAUAUAAUUGUUGUUGUCCUAAUACUAGUUUGUAAUGAUAAAGAUUGCGUUGCUCUGUGGGUGACGCUACUCUAGCACUUCAGCUUGUUGAAGUAUAUCUUGCUACAAAGUAGGGCAAUGUCAUGUUAUGUAAAUAGUGAAUAUAUGCAAUUUUUACAUAAAAAUAUAAUGAUUUAUAAAUGCAUUGUUAAAGUCUUGCAUGAUCUCAACUUAAGUUGAAAUGUUAUAGAAGACUUUACAUUAGAAACCUGACUAUUGAUACUAAUUUUUUAUAUAGUACAUAGUUAUAAUAUAUCAUACUGUCCACGACAGUUCAAAAGUUUCUAAUGCAAAAGGAAUAUUUUUUUUCAAGGGAUCAGAGCAGCUGAUGCGUAAAGAGGCGAGCACAUAAAGUACACGGCAAGUAUGUGUUGUCUUCUCAUAUUGAAGUGUUACAUUUUGGCUGAGAAAACUAAAGGCUCAUAACUGGAGGUAUUUAUUUCUUUUAUAUAUUUUUUUUAUUUCAUUUUUACUUAUUGAGAAAUUUUACUUAACCCUUUCCAUCCAUGACGCAGAUGUCGGCGUCACAGUAUGGAAAGGGUCAAGAGGAAGUGGAAGAGGAUUAAUCCUCUUCUAAGCCUCUCAAUCCUCCUCUAAAUUCCUCUUAAUCCUCUUCCAUUUCCUCUUGACCCUUUCCAUACUGUGACGAGGAAAUGGAAGAGGAUUAAGAGGAUUAUAAGAGGACUAACCCUUUCCAUAUGGUGAUGCUGAGGAUUAAGAGGAAAUGGAAGAAGAUUAAGAGGUUUAUAAGAGGACUAACCCCUUCCAUACGGUGACGCCGACGUUAGUGUCGCUCGAGUGAAGGGGUUAAGGUGUUACCCGUGAAGAGUGUGCCGAGAUUAGGGUGUGUGGUUGAAUAGUGUUUAGAGUAAUCUGUCGGCCUGAACUCACAAAGGCAAGCUGAUCACCAUCCACUGUGUAAACUAGCACUUGUUGCUGCAGACAGGCCCGUUUUGUUGGAAAGUGAUGUAGCAACUAUCUUAAACCCAUACUUACCACUUUGCUUGUAAACAAGAAUCGUAGUUUGAAAGACUGGACCAGCUUUUCUCUGUCUGGUCUGAGAUUUAAACCCAGAACCUCUUGAGAGUCAAGUGUUCUACCUGCCAUAACACAAAGCUGUAUGCUACACCAUCAGGCAAGAUAUUUGUACUAUUGAACAUUGACAUUUAGCUACCACUGUUCUGGCAGAACCAUCAGUGCACCCAAGUUGUGUGUUACAUGUUGAUUGUUGUUAGAAGUGGUCUUCCUUUUGUUCUCCUAGUAACCUGGAUAGUAUAGGACAAUUUCAUGGAUAAAGUCUCAAAAAUUCACAUUAAUGGCAGCAGCAGAUGAUGAAGUCAGUCACUUAUGAUAACAUUGUGUACAUGAUAAUGUAAAAGUCAUAUUUUGAAUUACAUAAUUGAAUUAAAUUGCAAAAGUAGGAGUUCGAUGAUUUACUCUAAUCAGAGAGGAAAAAGAGAUCAAAUUUGAUGAAAUAACAUUUAGUAAUUCAGAUGUUAUCUCACUGACUUUCAAAAUAUGCUCUUUGGGUUUUCCUCACUAGCAUAUCAACUGUUCUACCAUUGCAGGGAUACAUUCCUAGGUGUGGAGGAGACAGCUGAAGAAUUUUCAUGGACUUUCUAAAGGGAAAAUUAGAUAACAGUAAUGUAGACCAUAUAUAUAUAUAUAUAUAUAUAUAUAUAUAUAUAUAUAUAUAUAUAUAUAUAUAUAUAUAUAUAUAUAUAUAUAUAUAUAUAUAUAUAUAUACAUCUCAUCAGCUCCCCUCCUUUUACUGGUAGUCUUCUACCUCUUAAAUUCUGCCGCCAUGUUGCCUCUCUUUCUAUCUUCUAUUGAUAUUUUCACGCUGACUUCUCUUCUGAACUUGCUAACUGCAUGCCUCCCCCCUCCCGCGGUCUCGCCGCACACGACUUUCUACUCGUGCUCAUCCCUUUACUGUCCAAAUCCCUUACGCACAAGUUAAUCAGCAUCUUCACUCUUUCAUCCCUAACGCAGGUAAACUCUGGAACAAUCUUCCUUCAUCUGUAUUCCCUUCUGCCUACGAAUUGAACUCUUUCAAGUCACCGCUCGUAGACCAAGGCAGUUUUAGUGAUUCUUGUUUUGCUCGUAAAUCAAAACUCAUAAAGUAAGGCACUCAUGAAACGAGGUAUUACUGUGUAGGUAUAUAUAUAUAUAUAUAUAUAUAUAUAUAUAUAUAUAUAUAUAUAUAUAUAUAUAUAUAUAUAUAUAUAUAUAUAUAUAUAUAUAUAUAUUUUUUCCCAGGUACUGUCUAAAGUGCCAAUAGGCUCUCUUAAGGGGCCUCUUGAAUAACCCCAGCCUGUUAUAGUCUAUCACUUUUAACUUGAACCCUUGGGCACGACUCAAGGAUUCCAAACGAGACCGCGCUGGUGCCACAUCACAUCAUUACUCUCCUCAGAGAGGGUCGCUACCUCUCUCUCUCUUUCUCUUUUGCAUGGCUGUGCAGGGCGCGACAGUGAGAACUACUUGAGUUGUUCAUUGUGUGAGUCGCUUCCAAGGGCUCAAGUUAAAAUUGAUAGACUAUAGUGGCUCAGGCGAAUUUUACUUGUUGUGGCUGCCGUGGUAUAUGACUUGCUUGGCCCAUGCUGCCCCCCGGUAUUCUAUUUAAACAAAGUCCCUGAAGCUAGGGUUGAAUGGGAGGCAGUGGCUGGGUUGACGGUCUGAGUUCAGGCAUGGUGAGAUAUAUAUAUAUAU